AUGGGUAACCAUAGUUCACCAACUCCUCUCUCUAGCUCUCAAGAGUCGUCUACCAUCACAAGGAUUAGAGAUUUUCUUAGGAUGAACCCGCCAGUCUUCACAGGGUCUAAGGUUGAGGAGAAUCCUCACAAUUUCAUUGAUGAGAUAUGGAAGAUCCUGAAAGAGAUGCAUAUUACCGAGAUUGAGGGUGUUGAGUUGGUUUCCUACCAACUCAAGGAUGUGGCGAAUGUGUGGUAUGACCAGUGGGAGCAGAGUCACAGGGAGGAUGCUGGACCUACAGUUUGGGAUAAGUUUGAAAGUGCUUUUCUUGACCACUUCUUUCCCCAAGAGCUAUGGAAAACAAAAGUUGAGGAGUUUUUGAACCUCAAGAAGGAGAGCAUGACUGUAAAGGAGUAUAGUUUGAAGUUUAUUCAGUUGUCCAAAUAUGCCCUAGAAAUAAUUCCUCAUAUGAUGUCUAAGAUGAGAAAGUUUGUCUCGGGCCUAGGCAAAUAUAAUGAGUGUCCUUCAAAGAGACAGGGAGAUAGAGGUAGUAGAGCUCUGUUUUCUUCUACAACACCACAGAAUAGAGGUAAUCAAAGAGAUGCAUCUUCAGGUGCAUGCAGGGGAACAAACUCUCUGUACGCUAUGGGUAGUCGCCAAGACUAA